AUGCUUCGUACACUUAGGUUUAUUAAUCUUUCUAAAACUUUUGUUCGUUCUAACAGUUCAACAUCUUCCUUAUCACAAGAAUUAAAAGAUAGAAUUGAAGGAUAUCUCAAUAAAGAUAAGGUUGUUGUUUUUAUGAAAGGAACAGCAGAUGAGCCAAUGUGUGGUUUUUCAAGAAAUGUCAAACUUGUUCUUGACUAUCACGAAGUUCCUUUCCGAGGAUAUAAUGUUUUAGAAGAUCAAGAAUUAAGAGAAGGUAUAAAACAAUUUUCUGAAUGGCCUACAAUACCUCAAGUUUAUGUUGAUAAAGAAUUUAUUGGUGGAAGCGACAUUCUCGUUCAAAUGCAUAAGGAUGGUGAAAUUACUGAAUUUUUUGAAAAGCAUGGAAUAAAAACAAAAUUCUCAGAUAAAAAUUAA